AAUUGCCAAAUAAAUGUAAAAAUUUAAUUCUUUUAAAGGUAAGUAGAGCCAAUCAUAUGGUAUCUAUAUUCAGCAACAAAAGUUGCUACAUGACUAUCACUGCUUUCAGAUCAAAGUACCGCGAGAGGGCAGCUGCGAGCGAUGUCGCCGGCUGUUGACGUCACCUGUGGGAGGUUUGAAAAGAGGCGCGAGGAAGAAGCCGCUCGUGAAACAGGAAGUUCAGGAACAAAUGAUAAUAAAAAUAAACAGUCAAUGAAAUAAAUGAAGAAUAAUUUAAAGUGAAGCAAUAUGGCGCUCCUGACACCGUACAGUAAAGUCCCUGAGUUAAACACCGCUACUAUUCUCCUAAUUGAAAAUGAAGAACAGCUGCAGUCCAAACUCGCUAAUGUCAUUGUGCAGUAUGAGAAAGAGUUCAACGUUAAUGUACGGUUGGCCAGGAAACUUCCUCUGCCCGUUGAGAACAAGGAAUCUCGACCACGUAUUGAUUUAAUAGUGUUUAUAGUCAAUCUGCUGUCAGAGCGCAGUCUUCAGUCUGUGGAGAGCUCCCUCAGUCAUCUCCAUUCCGACUGUUUCCUGGGCAAGUUGUGUUUCCUGGUAACUGAUGCUCGCUGUGGCUCUCACACGCAGGACCGGCUGGUCAGUGUCAGAAAACUGGCUGCUUCACAUCACUGUCCUGUUCUCUUUGCUGAACACAGGACAGCAGAUGGCGUACACGCAGCGUCCAUGCGGCUUCUCAGCAUUUUAAAGGUGUCUGCGGGAAUGUCACCCAUACCAACUACUGCCCUCUAUCUCUCAACACUGACCCGCUGCUCUGCCACAUCUGAGCAGGAAGAGGACUGAUCCCAGAUCAGUUUAUUAUAGAAACUCUGUUACUGAUAUCCUCCUGACUUUGCAGAUAUGGACAGUGUUUGUGUCUGCGCUCUAUUAUGGCUGGGUUAUUUUUAAGCAAUGUUGGGUAAAUAUCGAACAGCACACACCAUUGGGUUAAAAUUGACCCAAUGCUGGGUUGUUUAAACCUAAAUGCUGGGUUAUUAUAACCCAGGGGUGCAUAACAACAACCCAGCAUUGAGUCAUUUUUAACCCAGCGUUGUGUUCUGGCCAAUAUUUAGCCAUUAUGGGUUAAAAAUAACUCGGCCAUGUGUCAUUUGUCAAAUUGUGUUUAUAUUCACAUCACUUGGGUCCUCAAGGGGGAGCCAUUGGAGAACUGAUGUUAGGCUUCAGAUAUACUUUAUA